GAUGUGGAGGUUUACUACUUAAUUCCGAUAUGAUAAAAUAGAUAAAUUGCUAUACGAUUAAAUAGUUAAUGAAGCAUAAAUAUAACAGAAAAGGAAGUACCAAAUUCGGGUGCAGUCGAAGCAAUUCUGAGGAUUAUAUAGUUUGGUAGUCGAAACAUUUAUACGAUCGAAAUUAGUUAUACGAGUACAUAAUAUUCAUAUUAUGUAUGUGUAUUAAAGCACACAUUGAACUUGAAAUCUAAAUUUGAAUCCGAAACUUAAAAUUUACCCCGUUAAGGCUGUGGAAAAAUGUGGACUAAUUUUAUAAAGCUAUAAGGUAAAUGCGGUUGUAUUUGAACGGCGCCAUCUUAAUACUGGGCCGUUUUGGGAAGAAGCGGAUUAUCGGUUUCUUUUUAAACCAACCAUGCUUGUUUCAUCGAGCUACCAGUCAUAAGAACAAUAUAAAUACAAAUACAAACAAAAAAGGGAAUACGAAAACUACAGAAAUAAUUGCCAACGGACAAGGAAACAGUAGAACACAGGAGUCAAGCGCUUUAACGCCAUCGAACGCUACAAUGGGAGACUAGUGCAAACUUUACUUCAGACACAUGAGGGAGAAUGAAUCGCCCAGUCAAACAAAGGACCCUUCUACUGAACAGAAAUCGGCAAGGGCCGUAUACGAUAUAAGACCGUGUGAGAUUCUUUCAAAAAUUAUAGGGUACCAAAACUUUGACUGUACCUUAUUUGUUUAUUUUAAAUUUUUCAUUAUUGAAAACGCAAAUCAAUAUGCAAUAAAACUAAUAAUACAUAAUAGGCCAAUUUGAUGUAAUUAAAAUUUAAUUUUCAUUGACGUUUAAUUUUUCUAAUUUUUGAAUUUUACUGACAAGCGACAUAUAUGUAAUUGAGUAGAAAAAUAUUCAUUAUAACUUGUCGAAAUGGAGAUCUCAUGGAAGUAUUGUUGGCUCGGGUUAAUAACACUGGUGAUUUCAAGCCGUUUAGUGAACACUUUUACAAAAUUUACCAACAUCGACUGCAAAGCGUUCGACAAAUCUUUCGCCGAUUUCAAUAGCUGUCGCUUGCAUGUGCCGAAAAGGGGAGAGAUCGCAUUAUCCUUGCAUGUACAGCUCCUCCAGAUACCAGUUAAUAAUGUCAGUGUAAACCUAUCAUUUUUCAAGAAAGCCAGUGGUUAUCGCCCCUUUCUGUACAAUGUUACCGUUGAUUUUUGUGAUUUUAUGGCGAACAGGAAACGUUAUCCUUUUCUAAAUAUAUGCCAUAGUGUUAUUCUGAAGAACUCGAACAUUAAUCACACUUGCCCUUUCAACCAUGACAUAAUCGUUAAAAAUCUAGUUUUGCGGGACGAUAUGUUCGGACGAAUGCCGUUGCCAGAGGGAGAUUAUAUGUUUAAGUUAAUGGUGGGCGCCUACAAUGAUUGGAAAGCUGAUGUGAAGACUUACUUCUCAAUAAAACUCAAUAAAUAGGAGCGUUAGAGUGAUGGAAUCGAAAAUAGAUGAAAUUAUAUUAUGCAAAGUAGUAGGGAAGAUGGCAACCCAUCAGGAAUAUAUUGUCAACAAUUAUUUCUCUUAAAACCUUGUAUUUCAAUGCCUAUUUUGCAACAUUUUAUUUAUCGGAUCUGUUUGAAUUAAUAAACUUAUGACAUAGCAACCUUAAUGUAAGCUUUCUCGAGCCUCAUUAAAAUUUAAAAAUAAUAAAAUUGCUUGGGGUGUAUACAUACA